CACCAUCCAGUCUUUACAUCUACAUAUCAACGCAGAAGCUCAACAAAAUCUCAAAUUAAACCUAAAGAACCUAAGAUAUUAAGGGAAUAUCUUAGAAGUAUAUUGAUGCAUGCCUAUGAUUCUCAAGAAGGCCUCAUAGUUUAUGAAAAUAGGAGUGAUAUCUCCACCAACUUCUCAAAAAUACGGAUAAUUGCAUAUAUACAUCCUAUGCAUCGCCCCCUAUUAGAGAUCAUAAGGGUCGACUUACAACAGCCUUAAUUAGGUAGAUUUGUAGUUCACAGCUAUAACCUACCAACCCAGAUAUGGAUUCAGAUGACGACCCCGAGUACCGCCCCGCCAGCAGUGAAUCCGACGGUCAGCCUCCUCAGCCUCCGUCCCUGCCCUCACCUCGCCUCGGGGAAAGUAUACGCAAACGCCGUCUCAAGACAGUAGAACCAUCCCCUAUAGUAUCGCCGCCUAAGCGUCAAAAGGGAGUCUUCAACUCGCAGUAUCUCAACAUUCUUAACGAAGAAAUUUGCGAUGCCGCGGCGGGAAUCAUCCGAGACGAACCCCUGGACCUAGCGCCGGCUCAGAUCGGCAUCGUGUCGUGGACACCUUCCGAGAAGCACGUCUUCUUCUCGGCUCUGGCCCGCUUAGGGCGCGAUAACAUUGCUGGCAUCGCGGCAAGGGUCGGCACUAAGAGCCCUCUCGAAGUCCAGCAGUACUUGGUGCUGCUUGAUGGGGCGGAGCGUGCUCACCGCGAGAAUGACGGUAAGAGACAGCGGGCGUUACGCCCUGUCGAUGUCCCUGCCGCGGUAGAGCUUAGUACGGAAUUGUGCGCGGCGUUGGAGCAGGCGGCGGAUGGCAUCGCGCUACGAUGCGAGAGGCACGAGACGGCGCUGGAGCAGAAGCGCUGGCAGGGUCGGUGGCUAGUUACGUCGCAACUAGCACGGCUGCUCGAACACCAGCAGCGUGCCAACAGCAGCCGCAGUAAUAACAACGGCAAUAGCGCGAUGGCAGAGACAAACCACCUUCCCCCUUUUGCAGAGCUUUUCAUCCUGCGCAACUGGCUACGGCUCUCAGAGCGCGUCUUCAUGAACUCGUCCGUGGUCCCGGACGGUAACUGGCGCGGCAUAUCGGAGGAGCCGCCUUCGAUCCGAGCCACGGCGCUCGCCGACUUUCACUCGUUAGCGUUAAGCGUUACACGGCGCCUCGUGAGCGCAACGCUCUACGUAGCGAGCUCCCGGGUGCGCGCAAAGCGUGCCGGGGACCGCCGCAACCGUACGGGGGGCCUCGUUAAGAUUAAAGACGUGCAGGCCGCCGUAGCAUCAGUCGGCAUGACCGAGAACAGCCGUAAAUUCUGGGCACGAGCUGCACGCAGGCUACGGCUUGAUGUGUACGAUGACGAGCAAGACGAUGAAAGUGAAGAUGUAUUAGGAAUGACAGAUCAGGAGUAUUUAUCUAAUAACGAACACGAUGAAGAAGAUCUCGACGCCGAAGCUGAAGACGUAUCUGAAAGCGACGUAAGCGAACGUGAAGAAGAACCCAACGCCCCCUCCGAAAUAGGCGAUAAUAAAACAGACACCUCAUCCACCUCCGAGUCCCCCCCAAUGCCCUACGACGAAGUCGAAGCCACCCUAGGCUUCCCCCCCACCACACGCCCCUUCUCCCAUCCAACGCAAGAAUUCCCCGCCGACCUCCCCGAAAUAUCCUCUAGUUCCUCCGAGCACUCAUUCUCAGACUCAGCUCCCGACACUGACUCCGAUUCCGAUAUACCCAUGAAAGACCCCCCAGAAGAAGAAGAAGAAGAAGAAGACUCCCCAGCCCUAGCCCAAGACCUCCACGAAGCCCUCACCUACACAGCAACUUACGACCGCACCGCAACCGCACGCUCGCGAGACGCCCUGCGCGCCCGCAUCCGCACGGAGCACCAACUAUGGGCGGAUGCGGAGCACGCCGACGCGCAGGCCGCGGGAAGAGAGGAGGCGCGGCUGUGGAGGGUGGUGCAUGAUGGGAGGGGCAGGGUGAAGGCGGAAGCGGAAGAAGAGGACGAGCAAGAGCGUGGACAUGAGAAGAAAGGGGAAGGGGGGCCGGAGAUGGGAAGGCGGUCGGGGUUGGUGGAUCUAGGUGCGAAUUGGAGGGAUCAUAUUGAGUAUUAUAGCGAGUGGGAGGUUACGGGAGGGAGAAUAGUUGCGGAGGAUUCGAAUGCUAAGGACUAAGAAGUUGGUUUGGAUGUGACGGGGGCGGCAUGGCAUAGUAGUCUAUCUGCCUACGUAUAGGGAUGUCUUAAGCGAUGUGUGAAUACCUUGGUAGGAGAUAUUAGAGGAUUGCCAGUUAGCAGUUAGUUAAACCCUCUUAAAGAAAUA